UACGACUAUAGGAACAAGUGGCAACCGGGACAACGUUCGUCAAUCAUCUCCUCGGUUUUAUUACGUAAAACAGGAAAUGAUUUGCGACGAAGGAUGGUAAAAUCAACAGACAUUAAAUCGCUUAUCUCACAGAAUCUCACAGAAAUGAAAUGUGUACGUGUCGCAGUGACAGAAAAACAAAAUGAUAUUGAUGUGAUAUAAAGCGAUAAGAACACGGUCCAGAAAUCGGUACGUGACAGUAAACACCCUGAACUGGUCAAAGAGGAAGGAAACUGCACGAGAACGUUAACAAGGACGGAUGUCCAUUUUAGAAAAGGAAGGAAAGAGUCAACGGGCGAUCAGCUGUUCGCCGCCGCGUUGUUCCUACAAUUUUGCCAUGGCACGUGAUAUUUUUUCGACGGUCCGAAGCAACCGUGAUGUCAGCGAAUACAUUAUUUAUCAUAACAGAGGGAUCUGCAGUGAAUUAUUCUAUUCUGAGCAAUGAGUCCGCAUAGCCGUAAGAACAAUUUAACUCCAAAAGACAUGCAGUCUAACGGAUAUUCUGCUGCCAAUACCAUGGCCAAAGAAGCAAGGAAUCAUUCAUCUCCUUGUGAGUCAGUGGAUUCAAUGCCUUGGUUUGGAAUGGAUAUAGGUGGUACAUUAAGCAAAUUAGUGUACUUUGAGCCAAAGGAUAUAACGAGAGAUGAAGCGGACGCAGAAGUUGAGACAUUAAAAAAUAUUCGUCGAUAUCUCACUAAAAAUUCGGCAUAUGGGAAAACUGGCCAUCGUGAUACGCAUUUACAAAUGGAUAACGUCUGCAUUCGAGGCAGACGAGGAACCUUACAUUUUAUUAGAUUUCCCACAAGUGAAAUGGGAAAUUUUUUGGCAUUAGCAAAAUCAAAAGGUAUGGCAAAUCUUGUGACUACUGUUUGUGCCACUGGGGGCGGUGCUUUUAAAUUUGAAGAUAAUUUUAAAAAGGAAGUAAACAUGAAUUUGACCAAAUUUGAUGAAUUAGAUAGUUUAAUACGCGGGAUGCUCUACAUAGAGACCACGAAUCCACAUGAAUGCUAUUAUUGGUCGAAUCCUACCGAUGACAGCAAAUGCCAAAAAGUACCCUAUGACUUUUCUGAACCAUAUCCAUUCUUGCUCGUUAAUAUAGGCUCCGGAGUAAGCAUACUAGCUGUAUAUGGACCAGAAAAUUAUAAAAGAAUAUCUGGGACAAGCUUAGGUGGCGGUACAUUCUUGGGAUUAUGUUGUCUUCUUACUGGAUGUAAUACCUUUGAAGAAGCAAUAGAAUUAGCAACAGGAGGCGAUAAUACAAGAGUGGAUAAAUUGGUUAAAGAUAUAUACGGUGGUGAUUAUGGUCCUUUCGGUCUUCCUGGAGAUUUAGUUGCGAGCAGUUUUGGACAAAUGAAUUCCAAAGAUCGUAGAAAUACUGUCACGAAGGAAGAUCUGGCGCGUGCAACUCUUGUUACUAUCACAAAUAAUAUCGGUUCUAUCGCCCGUAUGUGUGCUGUUAAUGAAAAAAUUGAAAGGGUUGUAUUUGUAGGAAAUUUUCUCAGGGUAAAUCCCAUAUCAAUGAAGUUGUUGGCCUAUGCUAUGGAUUAUUGGUCUAAAGGAACUUUGAAAGCCUUGUUUUUGGAACAUGAAGGUUAUUUCGGCGCGGUGGGAUGUCUAUUGCAAUUUAAUGGCGAAUCGAGCUAAACGAUGAGGAAAUAGUCAUAUAACAUAUAGCAUUCCAUAUGACCAACUUCGCAGAACAUUUCUCGAGAACAAAUAAUUGUGUUAAAAUAUUUUUAAUUUUGGUCGGAGGGUAGUUAUUUUGCUAUAAUUGUUUGAUUACGAGCACAAUCUAACACAACUCGGCAAAGAUAGAAUCUAUAAUGGACCAAAUCCAAAAGGAUUAAGGAUAGCCUCUCCUUCCGAUGUUUGUUACAUGCCGCAUAGACUAGUUCUACCUCAUAAUUUAUAUUGUAAAGUUUUUCUACAAAUGUGCACACAGGUUUUUAUGUAUAUAAGUAAUAUGGCAAUCGUUAUUACACUUGCACAUUUUUUCUCUUCGUAAAUUUAUAAUCGAAUAAAAUCAUUAUGUAGCGGUAAAUACUUUCGCACUGUUAAUAUUAGUAAUUUUGUUGUUAAUGCAUUGCAUGUUACAAGGCGAAUCUUUUGAAACGAAUUUUUAAUUAAAUAUUAAUACAACUUUUUUUAUGGAACAUUAUUUAUGCGCUUUGACAGUUGCAUAAAUUAAGAAUUUUUUAUACUGCUCCAGUGAAAUCACGAUUUGUAAUAAAAAAAAUAUACGCUUCCGUCAGUGAUAUAAUGCAAUACAUACUGGAAGUUGUCGAAGCAGAUGUGUCAAACAUUAAAUCUUGUUUUUGAGAAAUAUGUGUAAUGUGAAUGAAUGAAAAAUAUGAUUGAAAUAUUGAUGCAAUAAGUGAUAAUCAUAUUGAUAUUAUUAAAAAAUGCGUACACACAUUUUAGAAAACAAUAAUCGUGAUAUAUUUAUUUUCUAUUUGAAAUGUGACAAUUAAUAAAUCUUUGAAUAUGUUAUUUAUAAUUUAUCGAGUAAUUUAAUAUUACCACAAGCGUAUCCUUAUACAAGCGAAUAGCUUAUUUCUGUUGCAAUGUAUUGUGGAAGCAUGCCA